UGAGUAAAGUUUCAGUAAAGAUGGAUUUAAAUUUUAAAGAUAUUAGUUUCAAAAAUAUUGAUGAAUUAUUGACAAUUGCAUUAAAAAAACAGUCACAUAAUCCAAAUGGAACCUGUUAUUCCAUGUUACAUAAACAAAAAGCAAUACAAUCUUUUGCAUCUGAACGAAAAUUAGAUGGAAUUUAUCAUUUAAGCGAAUCACAUUUUCCUACAUUACGCAGUCGUACAUCUUAUCGAUAUGCUCGAAACUCGGAAAAAGGAAUCGAAAUGAAAAGUCAAACACCUUUUGCGUUAAGUAAAAAUUUUAUUGAAUUUCAAUGUGAUAAAAAUUUCGAAACUGAUAAGCAGAAUUUGUUAUCAAAAGUAAAAGAAUUACCAAGUGAAUGGACUUUGGUACAAAUGACUUCAAUUGAUUUUAAAAUAGAUUGUGUACCAUUUGAAACCCUUAAAAAUUCGACACCGGAAUUUUAUUUAACGUUGUUUAAGUGUGGCGAUGGCAAUUUUCAACCAUUUAGUGUGAAAAUUGAUGCACCAAUAAAUAACGAGAAACAAAUUGAUUUGGCCAAAGAACUUCGAGAGACUAUUUUAAAACUGGAUGAAAAUCCUAAAGUUAAUGAACAUAAUAUAGAACAGUAUUGUAAAUGCAGGAAUGAAUGUAAUAUAAGUUUAAAGCAAAGUGUUUAUCAAAUGGAAUUUUGUUGGUUAAAAAAAUGGAGAUUUUUGUUGUUGGGGAAAUUAGUAAACUUAUCCCAAGCUAACAAAAUAAUAUUGCCACAAAUUGAUUUAAUUUUAAAAGAAUUUAAAUAUACUUUAAAUGAUGAAAAUAAAAAUUUAAUUGAAUCAAUUACAUUAGGCAGUCCAUAUUUAUCUCGGCGUGAAAUUGCUAUUCUCAUCUUAGGAAUCAUUCCUGAUAACAAGGAUCUCUCAACAAAAUUGUCACGGACUAUUGGAGACAUAUCACAAAAUAAUGGUAGUUUCUUACGUGGACCUCGGCAUCCUGUCAUUUUAAUUUUAGAUCAGCAAUUAGAUUAUUUCCCAUGGGAAGCGUGUGAAAUUUUAAAACAUCAUCCCGUAUCUCGUCUACCAUCAAUUCAUUACGUUUAUGCCCUUUAUGCAGAGCACAAAGAAAAUAUCAUAAAUGGAUUGGUAACAAAUAUAAGUCCUUCUAAAGGAGCAUAUGUUAUAAAUCCUGGUAAAGAUUUACCUGAAAUGGAAUUACGAAUGAGUAAAUUCUUUAAGUAUUGGACACCAGAUUGGCAGGGAAAUAUCGGUGAUAUUGAGAGCGACACUUACAAACAACUCUUAAUUAAUUCUGACAUAUUUUGCUAUAAUGGUCAUGGUUCAGGUGUACAAUUUUUAUCCGGAGAUGUUAUACAAAAAUUACGAGUAAAAGGUGUUGUCAUGUUGUUUGGCUGCGAAAGUGUAGCGUUCUCAGAUACAGAUGUUGGAAUUAGUGAAUUACGAGGAACAUAUGAUAAUUAUUUAAUGGCUUGCAGUGCAUGUGUUGUUGGAAAUUUGUAUAAAGUAACGUCGAAAGAAAUGGAUUUCAUAUCAACAAAUUUAUUAAGUAUGGUAAUUCCAUCCAAAGUGGACACUCAUUGGAAAUACAUUGAUAAAAGUAAGUGGAAUGCAGAAGGGAAAAUAGUUGCAGAGACAGUUUCACAUUUAAAAGAAACUCAGGUACAUGAACCUGAAUUAUUACGAGCUGUUUGUUUGGCAAGACAAACGUCCAAUUUACGAUGUUGUGUAAAUGAACUUGCCCUUGUAUGUCGCGGUUUACCCGUACUUAUUAAAUAACUUUUAUUAAAAAUUUAUAAUUUUUUGUAAAAAAUUGUGUAAUCUAUGUAUUUUAUCCUAAUUCUUAAUACCUAUUCUAAAAUAAUCUCUGCAGGUCGUAAUA